AUGGAACAACCAUUCUAUGUGAAAAGUGACAAUUUUGCCCCAGCUCAAAAGAAAUCGAUAAAUGUUGCAGAAGCUUAUGAUUUAGAGGAAUCUUCUCCUUUUACUUCAAUUUUUGUUAAUAAAGAUCCAAAGAAAAUUAAUGAUCCUCAAGAGAAAAAUAAAGAAAUAUUUGCAUCACCUGAGAGACCAGAAUUAACAAUAGCAGAUCUAGAGCCUCCUUCAACAGAAAGAAACUUACUUGCACUUGCCAAAAGUUCAAGGGCGAGCGAUACUUUUGCGCUAUCAAAAACGACUGAUGGGAGUUUAUUAAAAAGCAAGCUAAGUGUAAGAUUUUCAGACACAGAUCAGUCAGGACAGAUAACUCCUAUAUCAAUAAUUGAAGAAAAAAAGUCAGCCAACAGUUUAGAUACCAUAGAAAAUACUUACCCCCCCUCCAUGAGCAACAAAAUCAUUGGAAAAUCCCUAAAAUCUACCCUACUUGAGCGAUCAAAAAAUUAUUAUGAAAAAAUGUUUGAAAUAAAGUGAUAUUUAUUAUAAUGUAACCCUGCUAAUUCUUUGUAGAUAUUACAAAUUAAAUUUAUUUUUGCUUUAAAGUUAUUUCGAAUUGAGAUUUUUAAAUUUGAAAAAAAAAUUACUGAAGACUUACUUAUAUAUAAAUUUUUUAAAAUCAAUUAAUCCGAGCAAAAUAUUUGGUCCACUUACAAAGGGGAGAGUUACGAUAAUUUAAAACAAAAAGAAACAAAGCAUCUAGAAAUCGCACGGCCUCAUUGCCCAACUUGUAGAUGCGCUUUGGAGUUGCCUGAAAAGCAACAUGAAAAUGAGAAAGCGUCACUUGGGGUAUCUGAAAGGGAUAUUAAAUAUUUAUCAAGCCUUGGGUCUUCGUCUUUGCUAAAAUCUAAUUAUCCUGGAUAUUUACAAUUUGAGUCUCCGGUUAUUCAGAAAAUUCAAAGACCUUAUUCUUCUCCAAUAAAGCUAGAUAGCCAGAAAACUCCAAGAAUCUAUAUAUCGCCUAUAUACAACCCUGCCACAUCACCUAGUCAUAUUUUCCGAGAAAGGCUAAAUCGAAGAAUUUUAUCUUUUGAAAAAAAUAGUCCAAAUGGUUAUAAUUUGUAUCGUAAAACUUAUUAA